CAUGCGUGUGUUUUCGUCCACGUAAAUACAAAAUUUAGUCAAAAAUAUUGAAAUUCGUACGUUUUUCUUUAUGAUUUCUGUCGAACUAUUGAAAAUACCGAGAAGAUGUAGAAAACGUUGAAUUCCUGAUAUAACGUUCAUGAUACAGUGAUUCAAAAGGAGCGUCACUAUGUCUUGGUUGGUUGAUCUGGCCGGCAAGGCCGAAUCUUUCCUGGAUAAUAUUGAUAAGAAAGCGGCCGAUGUGGUGGGUUCGGACCCAGGCUCUAACAAUGUAAAUACAGCACCCGGUCAUACGAAGGCAUUGGAGGUUGAGAGAAAUAUUAGCAGGACUAAUGACAACCCUUUGGCUGGAAGACCUUCUGGCAGCAAUGUUUCUGCCACUAAUAUCAUAAAUCGUUACGUAGGUCGGCCGUCUUCACCGAAACCUAAAACUAGUACCCAGGCUCCGAGGACAUCAACACAGACGAGCAGCAAUCGCAAGAACAAUGACGACGAGCUGUUCGAGUUUCUCAACAAGGGCUCGGCUGACGCGGACAGGAAGAAAAUUACGAGGCAAUUACGAUCGUCGUCGCCCGUUCAAACAUCGUCGCCGAAGAUGCCAAAACUUGAGAACGAUGAAAAUGAGCAGAAAAAGAGAGAUUCAACUGCGUCAGGGUAUUUUCCCGAGGGCGAAACCUCGUACCAGAGCGACGAUUCGGUUGAUGUUAUUGACGCGAGUCCCGAGCAGAGUUCGGAGCGAAUCGUCGCUACGAAACUACCCGAAGUUGAGACGCUCCAAACGAUGGAAAGUAAAGCGGGUAGAGAGAAUGUUGAACAGCCUGCCAGAGUAUCGAAUCUAGAGCUGGAGAACAAACUUUUACGCAAAGAAGUAGACUCCCUAAAUGAAGAGUUGGUGUCGCUUCAUCUUCGCUCGAAAGAGGCUCAAGAAAGAGUUCUGAGCGCGGAAAGAGAUUCCGAGAGGCUGAACGAACAAUUAAAAAAAGAGGGAAAAUUUAUCCGAGAAUUUCGUUCACGUGAGGAUGAUCUCCGUGAAACGCUGGGGGCGAAGGACUCACAACUGGCUGUUCUCAGAGUGAGAAUUCAGGAAAGUGAUCAGGAAUUACGACAAACUAAGGAAAAACUGGAAAGAUUUCAAAACGAGAAUGAAAGAAUACUCCGUGAUCACUCCGACUCGAGCGGCAUCCAAAAUCAGGUCCUGGAAGAUUUACGAACAAGACUACAGGAGGCUCAGUUAGCUUUGAAACAUGAACAGGAAUCCCACCAGCAAUCCAGGACCGAAAGCUCUGAGCGUCAAAGCAAGUUCGAAAGCGAACAGCGAUCUAUGGCAGAAACUGUGAAGACUUUGCAGAAAAACAUAGUAGAAGAGAAACGUAACGCAAAUGACUGCACAAAUAAGUUAAAGGCUUGCGAAAACAAAUUGUCGAGCGCGAACCAGGAGUUCAGGGACUAUAAAGAAAAGGCUGGUCGCAUUUUGCAGGCCAAGGAGAAAGUCAUAACAAGUUUGAAGGAGGGAAAAGCCAUCGUGGGUGAUAGUUCCGGGAUCACAAGCGCCGAGUAUGAGGCAGUUUGCCAGGAAAGAGAUGUUGUUAGAGAUGAAUUGCAUCAAGCCAAGUAUAACAUGGAACAACUGAAAGUUGACAUUCAGGAGUUGGAGCAGCAGUUGCAGUCCGAAAACGAGACAGCUCAGGAACAAACUGAUCAUUUACAAUCCUUGUUGGACGAAGAGAAACGUUUAAAAGACGAAGCUAAUCACGACGUCUUGAAAGCCCGCGAGGAACUCCAAACUCUCAGCGAUGAUCACUACAGGCAGAAGACCACCCUCAUAGCGCAGAUACAGGAAAGAGAUGGGGAAGUAGAGAAACUGAAGAGUCAGUUGCUAGCCAAGUCUUACACAACGACAAGCGAAGCAGAACUGGAGAAAAGGGUCCGUGCUUUGACGGAAAAUCUCAUUCAAAAACAGACCGUCAUCGAAGCACUGAGCACAGAAAAGAGCUCGCUGGUUUUACAAUUGGAAAGAUUAGAGAUGCAGUACAAAGAUAUCCAACGCUCGACUUCCCGGGUUUCUGUGCCAACAGCAUUUGUGGAGAACGAUGAAGGCGGGAGAGUGCGCCCAAUCACGUCAAUAAUGCCGUCACAAAUCUCUGAGUCAGCAAAAGUUAACAAGGCCGUAAACGAGAUUGAUAAAUUCAGCAUCCGUCUUGGUGUGUUUUUACGUCGUUAUCCCAUUGCAAGGCUCAUGUUAAUUGUGUAUAUGAUCCUGCUACAUUUAUGGGUAUUUAUCGUCCUACUGACCUAUCAACCUGAGGUUCACUCCAGUUCACCUGCUGGGCCAAUGCCAAAUAAUCCGCACUCGAAAUAACGAUGGAUGUAUCCUUUAUCCUAAUGUAUCCCUGAUUCCAACCAGUGAAUAUUGUAGUCGCAUAGAUACCCCACAAUUGAAGAUUCUGGUGUGUCCGCAAUACGAUAUUCAACGACAACAUAAUACAACGAUCGUGCUCUACAAUACAAUGAACGUGCUUAAAAGAAACACGAGGGAACUUAUUUCUCCUGUAAAUAGAGUAAUUCACACAAUAGCCAUAUAAAAAUAAUCUCCAUAUUAACGAAAUUCAAACAGGAAAACCUUUUUAUUCAAGAGCUGAAGAGCACACCGGUUUUUCAUCCUAAUAUUUUCCCGGAAUAAGCUAUAAGCUAGGCGAGCUCUCAUGCACUAGCUCGCUAUAAAGUAUUUUAUUGCAGAAACGCCGUUAAAGGUUUAAAAUCUCUUUCACUGUGGUCGUGCAC